UGCGCAUGCGUCAUCAUAUCGAGCGGCAGAACAUCAUGGCUUCCUCCAGUACAGUUUUCGAGGUUGGAAGUCAAAUGUCUGGUUUGAUUUUAUACUGAAACGCAAGAAUGUCGGACCCUGUUGAGUCGGAAGCCCUUCAGGACCGCCUGGACCGUCUGCAGGAGCUGACAGAAUUUACUGAGACGUGUCAGAAACAGUUAAAGGAACUAUUUGAAACGUUGGGAUGGUCGCAGGAAAACGACGAGAACUUCAGUCAGGAACCAAUGGAGCAAUGUCCUUAUGACUCCAACCACAUAGUCCCAGUCAGAACCUUAGAAAAACACAAAGCUUCCUGCAUGCUCCGGAGAAUGGGCUACUCUGCUGAGGAACAGGAAGAGAUGUGUGAUCCCUCUGUUUGUUACGAAAACAGAAACGUCAAAACUUUUUUAAUGGACAAGUCAACCCAGCACCAGGUUAUUCUGCAGGCUCGAUCUGCAGCUCCACUCAUGAAGAUGGAAGGAGUUUUCUGGCAAGGUCAGUACUCUGGCCAGCCCGUCGAUGUGCCACAGAACCACAAGCGGGCGGUGUGUGACCUCACUGUUGCAGACCGAUUGGCUCUUUACGAUCAUGUGGUCGGCGUCCUCGGCCAGCAGAGUGAGGCUGCGUCUUCCAACGAGGAUCUCUAUGUAGAUUUGGUUUCUAAACUUAAAAAAGAUGAACAGCAGAAUGAGCCAAAGAGUCACCUGGAGCUGAUGGCAGAGAUGAGGGACUACAAGAGGCGACGUCAGUCCUACAGAGCCAAGAACGUCCACAUCACUAAGAAAUCCUACACUGAGGUGAUCAGAGAGGUGAUCAGUGUCCAUUCAGAGGAACUCGCCAGACAGUGGAAGGAGGACGAGGAUGAGAAGCUCUCAUAUAGAUCUGCUCAAUCUCCUCCUGGCCGCUGGCUGGAUAGAAGACGAUCGAAAUCCUCAGAGUCGCACCAUUUGCCCAGUAAGCGCCAUCGUAGCAGAGAACGAAGUCGAGAACGAAGCCAAGACAAAGACAGGAAGAAGAAGAAGAAAAGGAAGGAGAGGGAUUCCCGAUCCCCUGACGGCCACCAUCAUGACAGGAAGAAGAAGAAGAAAAAGAAAGAUGACAGGGAGAAGGACAAGUGAGAACGCUGGCUCUCACAGCUGAAAUAUGCUGCUGUCAUCAGUCUAUUGGCCAACUCUGAUUUUUGGGGGAAAAAAAGUGAAUAAAGAUUUGUGCAAACAACCUUUAA